AAACUUGUGUUUAUUUUUCUUACGUCAUCUGUGCGAUAAUUGGUCAGGUGGGGUUCAUGACGUGUGACGUCAAAAUUGCAAGUCAGAUUAGACUGAAAUAAUUUUUUUUUGUCGUUGGAUGUGCGCUUGACUAUAAAGGUUGUAAUGGUAACUUUUUAAUGCAGAUACUGUUGAUGUGUGAUGUCGGUUGGUCGUAAGGUACUCAUCUGUCUCUGCUGGUGAUUGAUGCCUGAAAAGUGAGGUUAUGUCCUGUUGAAAUAUUCUUUGGGUGAAAGUCCCUUAACUAUUGUGUGCGGGCAUAUAUAAUCUAGUGGCGUGCAUAUUGGUACACAAUGGGUUUACUGAGCGAAGGUAGCCCUCUUUCGUGGGAAGAAACUAAGAAAUUAGCUGAUCAUGUUAGAAAACACGGGGUAAUCCAGUUCAUAAAUUUGUAUAAGCGCCUUCGAGAUCGUCAAGGGGACAUUUUGAAGUGGGGUGAUGAGGUAGAAUACAUCAUGGUCAAGUUUGACCACGAGAAUAAAACUGCAAAGGUUUCACUCCGUGCCAGUGAAGUGCUGAAUACUCUAAACCAAAAGGAAAAAGAUGAUCCAACGGGCGUGAAGUCACUAUGGCGGCCAGAGUACGCCGCGUACAUGAUCGAGGGCACGCCAGGCAAGCCAUACGGGGGGAUGCUGGCGCACUUCAACGUGGUGGAGGCCAACAUGAAGUACCGUCGUGAGGAGGCUCAGCAGCUGAUGAAGAAGAACGAGGUUGUCAUGACGCUCACCAACUUCCCGAGGCUGGGGGCGCCGGGCUUCACGGACCCUCCGACCAAGCCGACGCCGCACGAGGGCGCGUCCAGGUCUCUGUUCUUCCCGGACGACGCCAUAUACGACGGCCACCCACGCUUCGCCACGCUCACCAGGAACAUCCGCGAGAGGCGUGGCUCCAAAGUGGCCAUCAACCUGCCCAUCUACAGGGACAAGAACACCCCGCAGCCGUUCGUGGAGGACCUGAACCAGUACGGGGGCGACGCCCAGUCCGCGAGCGCCGCGCUGCCGGACCACGUCUACAUGGACGCCAUGGGCUUCGGCAUGGGCUGCUGCUGCCUGCAGCUCACCUUCCAGGCGUGCAACAUCGACGAGGCGCGCCGGCUCUACGACCAGCUCACCCCGCUCUGCCCCAUCAUGCUGGCGCUCACGGCGGCGGCGCCAGUCUUCCGCGGCCUCGUCACGGACGUGGACGCCCGCUGGAACGUCAUCUCCGGCUCGGUGGACUGCCGCACGGAGGAGGAGCGCGGCCUCAAGCCGCUCAAGGACAACAAGUUCGUCAUCCCCAAGUCCCGCUACGACUCCAUCAGCUCCUACCUGUCGCCCCUGGGCGAGAAGCUGAACGACAUCCCGGUGCUGCACGACGGGGCCAUCUACCAGCAGCUGCGGGACGCCGGCAUCGACCACCUGCUGGCCCAGCACGUGGCGCACCUCUUCAUCCGCGACACCGUGUCCCUGUUCAGCGAGAAGGUGCACCAGGACGACGAGGAGGACACGGACCACUUCGAGAACAUUCAGUCGACGAACUGGCAGACGAUGAGGUUCAAGCCGCCGCCCCCGAACUCCCCCAUUGGGUGGCGCGUGGAGUUCCGACCGUGCGAGGUGCAGAUCACGGACUUUGAGAACGCUGCCAUUGUGUGCUUCGUGGUGCUGCUGACGCGGGUGAUACUGUCGUAUCAGCUCAACUUCCUCAUCCCCAUCAGCUUGGUUGAUGAAAACAUGAAGCGCGCACAGAAGAACGGGGCCGUGACGAAGGAGAAGUUCUGGUUCCGUAAGAACAUCACGACGUGCGUUUCUCCGCCCGCUGCCACGUCUUGCUGCAAGAUCAGCGACGACUGUACCUUCUACACCCAGUUCACCAUCGAUGAGAUCAUCAACGGCAAGGCGGGGGAGUUCCCGGGCCUGGUGCCGCUCAUCAACAGCUACCUGAGCGGCAUGGACGUGGACGCAGACACCCACUGCACCGUCCAGCAGUACCUGAAGCUGAUCCAGCGACGAGCGUCGGGCGAGCUGCUCACCACGGCCGGCUGGGUGCGGGACUUCGUGCGCGCCCACCCGGACUACCGGCAGGACUCGGUGGUGUCGGAGCGAAUCAACUACGACCUGCUGUGGCGCAUCCACGGCAUCCAGACGGGGGAGGUGCAGUGCCCCGAGCUGCUGGGCACCAACGCGCAGUCCAAGACACGCGAGGACAUCCCCUCCGCCAUGCGCAAGGACUUCCCCGGCGCGUCCUGCUCCGAGUGACUUGCCGCGCCCUGCACGUUCGACAUGUUGCCAGUAGACACGUGUGUGGCGGACGUCGCCGGCUCGAAGUCUCUCGUGGCACUUGGUACGGCCUCCCGCGAGCUUCAGCGAUGCAAGCAUCUGACAUUACCACGACCAUGAAACCAAGGUAUGCACCACGCUGAAAACACUACAUCACAAUUUUUGUAAAACGAAUGCGUGUGUAAUUUACACCAGCAGACUUUUGACGGUUGUAUUGGCACGUCAUUACCCCCCAUCGUUGGAGCUUUUGCGUGGGAGACGAGAAUCGGUGUAGAACGUCGUUGGUCUGUGCUUCAGGCAGGCACAGGACCAGGGGUGCCAAUGUUCGCAGUACAUCCCCCCUCGUUCAUUUUCAGCACCUGUUUUUGAAUCUGACAUUAAAUGAAUUACUCAUUCCCUGUUUCCUGUCAGAGGGAUGUACAAUAUUACUGCUUUAAAAUAGAUAUUGGGUGUAAACUUUUCUCUUGCUGUAGUAAAACCAUAAAAAAACAAUCAACAGAGUGUAAUAUAAAAUAUGAUUAUUUGGAUUUGUGGUAAUAAAAUAAUGUGACAGUUUUCUCUCUCUACAGAAUUAAAAAUAGUAUUGUUGUUUCAGUGAAAAUUCCUCUAAAAGAAUGAGAGCAUAAGGCUAUUGUAGUUCUCACCACAAAAAAAAAUCAUGAUGAUUCUGUUUUGUUAAGUCUUCCACUCCAUUAGCAUGUUGGGCAUGGUUGCAGAAAAUUACUAUCCUCUUUGCUUUUCAAGGAAAUUUUUUUCUUCUGUAGAAUCUAUUCAUUCACAUACACAAGCCAUUAGGUUUUAAAAAAAAUACUGUUUUGCAAUAGAAGUAAAAGAUUUUGGGUUUUACAUGUUACUCAACAAUUUCAACACCCAAGUUAGUUGUUACUGGUUGUAAGACUGUAUUUGUUCUUCACUCAUCUGUCCGAUAUAAAAAUUUCUAUCAAAUUUAUCUGGUGUUGCUUUUGGCAGUUGUUGUAAUGGUUAUGUGCCUUCAAUAACCGUUUAUUAUAAAGUUCUUUCUAUUGUAGAGUUUUUCAAGUACUUACUAAUUAGUAUUUACUGUAUUUUGAAAUUUUAAGCAUUUACUAGGUACUUUAAAGCUUUUUGACACCAGACACCUGGAGUCGACCGACUGUGGUGAAAAGAAAGGUGGUAAGCUGUACGUCUGUGCGAAGCUUUGACUAAGCGAAUCAAUCGAAACUCUUUAGAAUAUUCAAUUUGACUUCGCCAGGAAAUUUUCUAUUCGUUUUAUUUUAAGCUUCGGUUGUGAUGUAAAGCUUUUCAUCUGAUGAGAAGCUUUGCAUUUGUUGUGAAGCUUUAAAAUAUUCGGAGCCUUAUGUUUGCUCGUGAAAGUAUUUAUAAGUUUUUAUUUUUUUUUAUUUUUUAAUUGAAUAAAGUUUGUUAUUUAAAAAAGCAAAAGGUGGUACUCUGUUUUUAUAAAUUCUAAAUAUUAAUAUAAUGCAGGUUUAUUUUUAAAAUUUUAUUGAAUGAUAUGUAGAGGUCCCAAUUGGUUAAUCACUAAAAAUCAGUUCAAACAUUACAAUCAAAAGAGAUAUAUUUUUUUUUACUUCAAUGCUGUAUUUUGUCAAAUAGGUAUAAUACAACUUCACCGAGAACAAUACUUACAAUUAGAUUCGACUUGGUGAAUAUUUUAAAAAUUCAGUUUGAUAUUCGCUUCGCAUCAAAAAAAGUAGUAUUCGCAUAAGGCCUAGUAAGCUGAUCAUUGAAGGAUCUGCAAAAUGUAAGUGAAAAGAUGUCUACUGGGAUCUACAAUGUGCAUAAAUAAGUAGUUUGCCUGGGUGAAAGAAGUGAUCGAUGUUACCAAAACUCUCUACAUGGCUGAGGAAAUUAUUACAUUCUUAUUACAGUGAAAUGUAUUUAAUCCGGCAGGUUCACGACCACAGCUAUGUCGGAUAAGCAAUUUUGCCGGAUACAGGAUGAUUAUGAGUUUUACUGACAAACCUUUGGCUGCAGGUUCAGCACGACUAAAUAAGUUUAAAACAUCUGUACGACUAAUGGUUAAAGUGUUUCCCAAGGCUGGUACAUGUCUUUGAACUUGGUGCUUUGCAAUAUUUUUAUUGUAAAUAAUAGAGAAAGUUUUUAAGAUGAACUGCUGAGUGUCUGGAUAGUGUUAAAUUGAAUAAAGUUCUACAGCUGCAAAACUUAUCGCGGUUAUAAAAUAUUUAUUUCAUGAAAAUGAGUGGCGGUAGUAACACGUCACAAAAAUAUGUGGAUUAUAAUUUCAGUGAAAUUAUUUUACAAGUUUUGUUAUGGUUGUAUAACUUUAUCAAAUUAAAAAAUAUUCAGGUGUUUAAUGUUUUGUCUUGAAUUAUUCGUUUAUUGUUUACAAUAAAAAUGUUAUUCAGCUCCAACUUCAAAGACGUUUGUCGGUCAAAUUUAGACCCGCUCCGUAUCAUGUCAAUUAAGGUAUAGGUUUAACAGAAUACCAAAUGUGAGAAUGUGAUGUUUGAACCCGCAAGGAAACAAAUUAAAUGAAAACCAACACAAACUGUAAACUCUUGCUGGUCGCACUGUGGUACGACCUAGCGGAGGUCAGCGGCCGGAAUUAACCAAGAGAGAGGCUUGACUGGUGCCGAGUUGAAGAAUGUGCAGAACCACAGAAUGAGAGAUUAAAACUUGAGCUGUAUGUUAAAAAAUUUGAAUAUUUAUCGUAAAGUAUUUCGCGACGAUGUAUGUUGCGAGUGUCUUGCACCCUAGCGCAGGGGCGUAUACAGAGGGGGGGGAUUUGGGGUUAUAUCUCCCCUCCCCAAUUCUAUAAAAUCCAUACAAAUAUAUUAAUUUUUACCAAGAAAAGAAAUUGAAAGCAAAACAGAGGGCCAAGUGGUUAAAACCACCCCCACCCCCUGUGCCUGCCUGAACACCUCCAAGAAACGUGUCUCAGCCGUGUCGCGUACACUGUGCGAGUGGAGAUCCUGCCUUAGCAGUUGUGAAGUUGUGAGUUAGACUGAGGUUAUUGUCUGUGCAUAUUAAUAAAUAAUUCUGGAAGAUGGCUUUAAUAGUUAUAGGAGUAAGUAUGAUGAAGGAUGUUAUAAUGGUGUGCCAGUUUGGGUUAUUAUUGGUUAAAUGAAAUGGUGCAAAAUUUUUUUUUUUUUUUUUAAACUGCAUUUUACUACAAGGAGGUUAAACGAUUGUUAGCACAAGUCAGCAAGAAAAACACUGACCACAUUCCAAAUAUGUAUAUAUAGAGUUGUGUGAGUACUGUUUUAAGUAUUUAAUGCCUAAAUUUAGGCCAUGUCAAAAUUAGAAUAAGAGAAAAAGACCUUACUUUCCAAUUUGCUAUGUUACUUAAACUCGCAUAGUUGUUGUCAUGGCACUUUGUAAAUUGUUUUUGAAUAAUUUUCUGCUAGGGAAAAAAUGCUUUUUUAGAGUGGUUAGGUGUAGAUGCAGGGGGCAUAUAUAACACCUGUGUUAUUGCCUGAUGUAAUCCUAGCACUAUGAACAGCCAUCUACUCUGUCACACCCCAGCCAGUUAGGGGUUAACUGUCCUGUUACAUUCCACAUCUGAAGGGGGGAGAACGCAAGAAGUAAGACCACCACCUGCAAAAGUUCACCUAAUCAUUCGCAUUAAUCUAAUCUUCUAUAAAGAGAAACAACCAUACUUGAGAGACACACAAUGGUAUCCGGUAUUAAUUAAACUGAUUUCUGUUUUUUUUUUUUUAUAUACAUAUUUUUAAAAUUAAAAUCUAUAAUCAUUUUAACUUUUCUGUAGUGUAUACAGCAUUUUUUAUAGCAUUUCCUUUUGUUUAAGAAAUUUAUGUUCAUGUAGGUGAAUCUUUAUUUUCUUCUAGUUUUACUGGUCUAUAUUUGAGUCUAAAUGUGCUGUUGCUGUUUAAAUGGUUUGAGAUUAGUAUUUUAGGUAGAUUUCAAAGAAAUACUACCUAUUGUAGCCAUUACCAUGGUUCGACUUUUGGAAAUAUUUUUAUAUAGUUUUUAGUUUCAUGGUCCAUAGACCCCAAAACAAUUGUCUCGGUCGAGUUCGUUAAUAGGCAUUAUCUGACCAAAAGGGUAGAAAUGGGGAAGGUUUUUUGAAAAACAGAAAAUGGCGGUUAACUCCCAUAAUUUAGAAACUAUCAAAUCCAUUUAACGUACUCUGGAGUAAUCCAAAAUCUUUUGUCAGGAGUUUCUGAUACCACCAACCAUAACUGCAAAGGGUGGAAGGAAAGUAAAAAAAAAAAAAAAAUAAUCAAUUCCCUCGUGGAACAUCGAAUUCGUGCAAAUUUUGAAUUAAUCUUGUAAUGAUUUUCUAAAACUUUUGUCUGAAACAAUUUUUGAAAAGAUGAGCCAUUGAGCAGGGGAUUGAAAGAAAAAAAAAAUUCAUAAUUUCUGUACCAUGUACACAUCAAAUUCGUUAUAAUUUAUUGUACAACCUUGAAUUAGAUAUAGUAUCCCCCCCCGAGAAUAUGAAAAAAAUUUGCAUAAUAUAAAUGAAGACAGUAUGUUACUGUGUAGAAGCCACAUUGCCUACGGUGUGUUAGUGUCAAUAGUAAUGUAAGGUUUUUUCCCCUCAAGUUUUUAAUUUUUUUUCCACCACCGGAAAACAUUUCUGUAUCCACCACUGCCCCACAUUAUGAAUUUUCACCUGCCAAGAUGUUAGAGGGCAGUACAUGUGGAUUGAAGAAACUACACCAUUAUCACUAGCCAAAUCUGCGAAACUAGUUGUGUGGACACGUACAGGAACAAACAUUUCACUGGUAACUGCGGCAGGAUGUUAGAUCCCUAUCGACAUGAAGUCACGCUGAUAUGUUCACAUCAAGUAGUUUUUCGAGGCUAUCCAUUUUAACGUAGUUAGUGCAGUGUGUCCUGUGUAGGUUUCCUUGUGGAUGUUUCGAAUAAUUAAUUACCAUGAUAAUACUAGUAUACAAUCUCCUGAAUUUUACUGGUACACACAAAGCAGGGUCUCUAGUAUUACUUACACCCAAAGUGCAUUUACAAAAUAUAAUGGUGUGUUAAAUGUCUGAUGGGUUUUCUGUUGUGCUAAGUAAGCCUACGUUGUAUUUUUUAACUAAAGUGAGUCGAUAGCAUUUUGUAAUACAAGUUAUACAUGUGUUUUCUAGAAGCUGGAAAUGCAUGGACUUUGGCUUGUAACAUCUGUAGUGUAGUGUUCAAUUUGUUUUUGUUUCAGAGCUUUUAUGAUUACUCCUACUGAUAGGAGGAAUUGUUUUUAUGGAGAGAUGUGUUGUUGGCAGUUUUUAUUUUGCACUUUAAAAAAAAAAAAUAUUUUGUGCAGUUUGUCUUCUGCAUUCCAGAAGUGUUCUUGUGAGAUGGGUAUUAAACUGUGAAUGUUAUUAUUGGCUGUGCCUUCUGUUCUGUAGCUUGCCAUCACAGUGCUGUGAACUGUCUUGCUUAUAUGUUCACACAAUAAAAAAAAUUCUGUUGAAAAUUUCAA